AUGUUCAGAAUCCUGUCAAUCCUGAUAUUGGAAGUGCAGCUCUACUUGAUACGAGCUUUUUUCAUAGUUGAAGUUCCUCAGCAACGGUACAUUGCAGAAUAUGGGAGCAACGUGACCAUGGAAUGCAGGUUUCCAGUGGAUGGCCAGUUAAAUCUUAAAGACUUAAGUGUCAGUUGGGAGCAAAAAGGGUUAAAAGAGCAAAAAUCAAAAGAGGUUUACACUCUUCAAAAGGGGGAAGAAGACCUCAGAUCCCAGCACAGAGACUAUAGAGGAAGAGCAACAUUGUUACAUGACAAAUUGAAUUUGGGAUAUUCAGUGCUUCAAAUCACCAGCGUAAAGCUCAUGGAUGCAGGAUCUUACCGCUGUCUCAUUGACUAUAGAGGAGCUGAUUACAAGUACAUUACUUUGGAAGUAAAAGCAUCCUACACGAGAAUAAAUGUACAAAUAAUGAGUGAACCUGCAGAAGAGGAGUUGGUUUUAACUUGCCAGUCAGAAGGGUUUCCUCUAGCUGAAGUGUUCUGGCAAAAUGAGAAGAAUCUUCAAGUCAACGUAUCUGUAAAUACCACCUACACAUUGACCACAGAUGGACUAUAUAAUGUAACCAGUAUGCUGACAUUCAAGCCAAAUGCUAGUGAAAACUACAGCUGCACAUUCUGGUCUAAAGAAAAUGAAGAAACUUCUUACAUUUUCACUUUAGCUCGACAAACAACAGUUGUUGGAAAAAAAUCUCUGAAUUUAUUUAUCAUCCCAACCUGUGUAAUAGCGGUUGUUCUCAUAGCUGCAUUAACUAUCUUUCUAAAGAGAAAAUCACUCACAAAGCUCCAUGCCAAAAAAGACAAAAAAAGAAAAUGUCCCCAGUUACAGAAAGAAAACAACAGACACUUGAACCCUGAAACCCAGGACUUAAUCAUGACGAAUGUCACAGAUUCAAGAGACUGCACAGAUGUAUGUCCAUGA